CACGCCCGGAGCUGCCUCAUACUGUACAGUACUUCCCCUCCAUAUCCCCUCCCGCUUUACCCUAGCCAUGGAGCAGCCUCUUUCACUCGGCGUGUUGCAAAGAGGCUUUCAGCCUUGUGCACCUGCAAACGCCGACUCCGCGCCUUCUAUAUCUGGGUCACCAGGCAACAGGAGCAAUCACCAUCGCGGCUCCUCUAUCAUCACCUGAACCCCUCAAUUCGCACACGAGCUUCACAAGCUUCACAAGCUUCACAAGCUUCACCUUCGUUUUUGGUGCUCGCUGCCCCGCUCUUACAUAAAAAGCACGCUCUACGUUCGUUCCUCGCAGUCACCGCCCACAACCUCACUUUGCGGUGGCACAACCGCUCCUCUCUCUACUUUCUUUCUCAUUCAGAACCCCACAGCCCCGGCCCUCCGUCAUGGCUGCCUCAUUUACCUUUUCACGCCUGCCCAAGGAGGUUCGGUUUCACGUCUACAAAGCACUGGCUGCGGGCCCCAAUCCUCCAGAGUUGGUGCUGCAGCGAUGGUUCGAGAAGAUGGACAUCGAGGAGCAAAUCGCGCGGCUUCAGGCUGUCGACCCCGUCACUACGUACCGGCCCUUGUACAACUCCGAUGUUCUGUUAUCCGACGAGGACGACGCGCAGCAUCUCCAAGAGGAAGUGGAUGAAGACGAUGACAACGAGAUGUCGAGCGACGGGUCCGAGGACGACGGAAGUGAAGGCGAGGAUGAAGACGAGGAGGACUACGACAUCUAUGGAGAAACCAGUGAUGAAGAGGACGAGAACGAAGAGGAGCAUGAAGCCGAGAAUGGAGAGGUGAACAGCGACGCAGAGGAAGACACGGGGUCAGAGGGCGCUGACGAGGUCAUGACUGACGCCGAAGUGGAUGCCACAAAUACUGACACCGUUACGGCUGGCGCUGAAACGGGCACCACGACCGCUCCAACGCAGCAAGCACCCCCGGUCCGAUAUAUCCGAGCUCAUCACAAAUGGCGCCACGUCCCGCGGUUCCUGCGUAUCUCGCACUGCCCACCACCGAAAGAACUGAUGCUUCUCUCUAGAGAUCUGGCCGCUGAGAUCAAGGAUUGGUUCUACGAUGUGGCCGUGGUUCACAUAGAUGCCACUGGCAGUUUCGCCCACACAUCCAUGCUUGAUGAAAUCCUAGGUCAAAUUGAAGGCGCCGCAGUCUCUCCAUUUAAGAGUGUCCGCAAGGUGGAGAUUUCGUUCGUGUAUGACUCCCAGUGGGUCAGAGGACCGGAUUCUCGUGGCAAUGAGUCGUUCUUCCAGCAAAUCCUUCUCAUGCGCGCAAACAAGAUCGUCGAAUUUCUUCUGGCCUGUGUGCCGCAACUCAAGAAAGUGCAAAUCAACUGGCACGACACUGUCUUCGACGAUAUAAGCGCUAGCUUUCAAUAUCAUGCUCUGGAAUCGUUCGAUAUUCUUCCGGCAAACGUUGUUGUGGAGCAAAAGGAACACUUUCUCACUCCGGGGAAGCAGCCGCACCGCAAGUCUUUGCUCGGCAAGAAGCGUCUGGAAUUCCAACACAUCGCGGAUACCGGCUUCCGGUUCAAUUAACCUGAGAUAUCACGUCCGGGCUUGGAAAAUGGUAGUUUGGGCGUGGGCAAUGGCUGCUUCGUGACGAUUGGCCUUUCUUGCGAAUGGCAAGGGAAUCUUCCAAGUCACUUCCGCCCAGUGGACUCUUUCACUUAUUUAAUGGUGGAGAACUGGUUUCGGCGCGGCUUCUCCGGUGCUUAUUUUCCGUCGUGAAAAUGAUUAUCGUGGAGGAGCAAUGGAUGGCGCAAGGGAGGAGUUUAGGUGUCUCUCUGGACGAUUCAUGGCUUGGAGUCAGUCCGAGUGGCGGCAUCUUUGGGAGAUUUCGGUUACGAGGCUAUUAUCAGCCCCUCGACCACUGAUCGUCUCCUCCCCUUGCCGUCAAAGGAAAAUGCGGACUUUAUGUGGAGGUUACCCGUGCUGCAGAUACUUGAAUACGACCUACUGAUGGA